AAGAAAGAAAAUCACUCAACAAAAAGUUGAGUGAUUUUCCAGUCUGAACUGAGUCAUUUCUCCUCGUUUGCGUCCUGUGCUGUUUGCUGAAAUUUGAAAACCCAUCUUGAACCGAAAGAAAAGUUUUGGGUCAUGUCUGACGAGCGAGGAGUUAGGCAAAUAGAAGGCGAGCAGGAACUGCAAGUCGCUGAGGGUGGUGAAGAUGUCAUUGAUGAUCCCAUCUUGGAGCAAGGAGUGGUGGUGCUCAGAGGGUAUGUGAUAGAGCGUAUAAGCACGGAGGACCCCAGUCGGCAUGUUCUCUCAGAGGAUCUGGGAGGAAGGCCACAUGAACAAGAUGAUCCAGAAGUAAAAGAAGUGGUGGAUCAGCUAUUAAAAAUAGCAGAUGAACUGAACAGAAAUGCAGAGUUCCAGCGACUAAUCAACCAGGUUCAGGGAAACUGCGCGAAGGAAGUCUUCAUGAUGGUGGCCAGGAGCAUCUUUAUUGAUGGCAUCAACUGGGGCCGAGUGGUGGCUCUCUUCCAUCUAGCCUAUAGACUCAUAUACAGGGCCCUGACCUCCAACCAUCUAGAGAACAUUAGAAUGGUCAUCAGCUGGGUUCUUCAAGUUAUAAGGGAAACACUUUACUCCUGGCUAGUGCAGCAAGGAGGCUGGGUUGGAGUGAUCCAAAGCUUUUCACGAUGGAGGACUGCAGCCAUUGUUGCAUCAGUUGUUGUUGUAGUAACAUUUGUUUACUACAGAAUGAAACGCUGAGACCCUCAGCUCUCACAUCUCAUCCUGGAGACAUGCAGGAUGCUAAUAAGGACAGUUUCUUGAACUUUAACAACAAUCAGUCCUCACCUUCAAAAAAGUAGAUAGAUAGAUAGAUAGAUAGAUAGAUAGAUAGAUAGAUAGAUAGAUAGAAAUGUACUCGUCAUCUGUGAUAGUGUUUACUGAUGUUACUUCUCACAUAAACUGAAUGGGCUAAAAUUAGGAUUGGUUCUUGGAGGACUCAACGCUACCUAGCAGUGGCAAGAAUGUGCCUUAUGCUAGUUUGACUUUUAUGGACUAUACAUUGUCCUAAAACCACGGGCUCUCCAUCUGUGCAUAGCUGCAACACUGGGCUUUAAAUGCUGUGCAUUUCAUUCUCUCUUGGGAGCUGGAUAAAAUACCAAAGAUCAAUGCUCAACUCCACUUUUGAAAAGAAAAAGGGAUACUUUUUCUAAAUGAUCCUUUUUAUUAAGAUAUUUUUUAAUUAACAGAAACCAUGUAAGGUUCAGGUACUUAACCAAAACAGUCCCAAGUCUUCCGCGGUUCAGUGUUCUGCUGAGGUUACACAGGUUCUCAAACAGCUGUAUUGUGCAGGAAUGAGUAGGUGACUACUAGGUUAUAUUACUAACCAAGGGUAUUUUUACUGUUGUCUUUCAUAGAUGAUAUGCUGAAACUUUGAUGCAGGAAUUCAUUUUGAAAGAAAUCUGGGAAUUGCUAGUUCAGAAUGUUUCAUAAUGUAAUAGAGUGGAAGAACUAAAUGAUGCGUACUCGUGUUUAUAUGUAACUUUUAAAUGCAUUCUGCAGCAAAAAUGUUGCUCAAUGAUUGGAGGAUUCUUGCUAAAUGCCUUAUUCUGAUUCUAAUUUGCCUUAUUACAGUCUUCACACUACUUUGAAAAUUCCAGGUUCUGUGACAUAAAAAAUUAAACAAGAAUUAUUUCCAAACGUUUUCCUAAUUUUUAACUUAUGAAUAUCUUUUACAAUUUAACUGAAAAAUAUACACAUUUGUUAGAGGUGAAAAACACUGCAACAACCUGGUUGCAUAAAUGUGCACACAGUUCUUCAGCAGUGUUGCAUGUCAUACAUCCUGGUCAAAUGUAAAUGUGAGACACCUGUCUGAGGAAACAUUUUGAUCCCACUGAAGAGCUCAGUCCUUGAAUUAUCAAACUGUUCUAGUCUUUAGUUAGGUUAAUCACCCACCAACAAAUCAGCACCAAGCAGUCAUCAAACUUCCAGAGAAAUUAAUCCCUACUCUGUCCCAAUGCAAGUUAGGCAAGACGGUAGUUUAGCAUAUUGAUGCUAACAGUCCACAGCAGCUGUAAUAAGAAUCUGGUUUGUUGCUUUAUAUCACAAGAAAGCUAAAAAGUUGGUACCAAUCUCUUUCUACAUGUCUCUUCCAUUUGUCUCCACUGUGACCCAAAAUGUUGCAGAGAACAAUCUAAGUCUUGAGCGGUCUCAUCACAAAAACAUGGAGAUAUACAUUGUGUAGCUCAUAAAUGUAAUCUGGAGAGUUCUACUCAGAGUGCAUCGGUGUAUAUUUCUGUUUUUCAGGACACAGGUUUUCAACUUUAUUUCCACCUCUGACAUGCUUUAUUCCAAAUAACUUUUAAAACUCUUGAGAUGCUUUUAACAAACAGUGCAAUCCAUAUGCAGACCAGUGAUGUGUAUGUAAAUGAUUUGAUUUGCAUGGAGUGGGCAUGUUCAGAAGGAGAAAAUAGUGUUUCUUGUGGUUGUCCAAAGGUCAGCGAAGUUCAGCAGACUUGAAGGACCACCUUGUGGACUUACUAGACAGCAUAACCUGCACUUCUGAAUUUGAGGGGUCACAUUGUGGGUUUGCAUGGGGCCAGGCAUAAUGUCCUGCCUGUCGGCCAGGCAUAAUGCCACAACUGCACAGUGUUGUAACCAGUGGUUAUGCAAGGGCAACUAUGCACGUCUCCCCCUCCCUUCAAGUUGCUGUAAGGAGUAAGCCCAAUAUAACAAGCCAGUGUAUAAUGUACCCUGUCUUCCAGUAAGGUGACCUGCUUUCACUUUCAGACUCUUGAAUGGUUUAGAAAAUUUAACAAUUCUUUUGUUCCUGUUGCCACAGCAGAGUUCAUACCUAAUGCUGCUCUGCAUGUGACCGACAGCAAAUAUAUUCAUAUAUUUAUUUAAAAUCUUAAAGAUAAUAGAGGUUUAAUGAAUAUAAUUUUUUAUUAAUAUUACUGAGGCUAAUGUGAUGUGUUAAUGUUGUAAGGUUCAACCUAUAGUUGGGUGGGCAGAUUAUGUGGGCCUCAGUGACUCGUGGCUGACCUGGGAUCUGUCAUCUAGCUCCUUUUGGGUUUUUUGGUAUUCUUCCAACCAGAUUGACAGCACUUUGAAAAGCUUUUUAGAUAAUUUUUACUGGUGUGUUUAUACCAAUGUGACAUAAUUACUCUUUGAAAUAUAAAACAAUUGGAUAUUCCUAUAAAUAAAUAUAACACGCACUGUGAAUCUUAAUUGUGUAGUGAUGGAAUAUCUCUUAAGUCAUGUGUUAAAUGUAGGCAAAACAUGUAUUUAUUUACUAAUAUAACAGUCCAGUAGGCAGGAAAACAUUGAUAUGUCUUUAAAGAAAAUCCACUAUUGCUCGAAAACUGAAUUGUUUUUGCUUAGCAUCUUAUAAACUGCUUUGUUAUUUUCCCAACAUGUUCCGACAGCCCCUGUUAUUUCCCAAUCUGUUGUGACAGACCUCCUAAACUAGCUAUACUGUAUGUGUAUUGUACAUGUAUUGUGUUGUGAUGACAUGCUUAAUGUUAUAACACAAAAAUUUUCAUUGUGGGAAAUAAAUCUUUGUAAAAGUUA